AUGAAACUCUUCGCUAAAUUAAAUCGUUAUUAUUAUUCUGAUUCUGAUGACUCUUAUCAGACACGUCGGUACCAUCCGACUACAAACACACGUCAUUAUAUUCAGCGAAAUGGUUGGACAUCGGAACAUCAACCUAUAUCAUCAAGAGAUGAUCAGUCGAUGAUACGAAUUGUUGUAGAUUCUCCAUAUCCUCAAAAAUGUGACUUUUUUAUCGAUAUAUCCAAGCCAGGAAAAAUUAUCGUUACCGCUCGUCGUCGUCAGCCAUCAUCAGCAAAUUCCUCUAAUUAUGUUGAUUAUCCAAAACAACAAGAUGUUAUACAAACAUAUGAAAUUCCACAUGAUGCUGAUGUAGAUCGGUUAAUAAGGUAUGUUGAACGAGAUGGAAAUUUAAUUAUCAAAAUACCACGUCGACAAUAUUCCUACAGAGAUUCUUUUAAUAGUAAUAACAUGAAUAUGAGUCGGCCUAGAGUUGUUAAUAAUUAUGAAGUUGAACAAAUGUUAACGUCACCGACUUCUGCACCAUCGAUAAUAAGAGAUAGAAAUUCAUCAAAUCGGCAUGGUGGUAAGAAAAAACUUGAAUAUAGGAUCGAUUGUAAAGGCUAUGAACAAGAAGAUCUUGAAGUAUUUAUUCAAGGGCACAAUCUCAUUGUUCAAGGUGAACGUAAAAGUACAAAUUCAAAUAGAAAUGUGUCAAAAAAGUUUUCAAGAAAAAUUUCUCUACCACCAGAUGUCGAUCUAUCUAAAGUAGUCAGUUAUUUAGAUCCAGGAAUUAAUGGUGGUGAAUUGCGUAUAGAAGCACCAUUAAAUGAAAGACGGUCACACACUAUACGACAACGAGACUAUCAAAGUGACGAAUAUGAGAAUCACUUUCCACAACGUUCACCGUCGUUAGAUUUUGAUAGAAAAACCAAACAACAAAGACGUCAUAGACAUGGAAACUACUACGAAUAUCGACCUGGUCCGAGCAGACGUGUUCGCUCAGCGGAUGGAAAUCGUAAUCCAUUGCACGUGUCAUCAGAUGCUGAUGAUUUUGAUGCUUCGCCACGACCAAGAAAUCCACGUAGAAGAGUACAAAAUUAUGAAAGACAAAUAAUAGACCAUAAUCCGAGAAGUAAUUAUGAAUAUCAUUCGUCGCGUACGACGAAUCAUAAAGACGGCGAUUUAAGAUUUUGA